AUGUAUCGUUUCCAGUUCGACACAAAUGGAAUGAUUGUCGAUCUGGUGAAUGCAGCGCGGCAGGGCGAAUGGGCCCAAGUGUGUCAGUUGCUGCACAAGCACUGGCUUGUACAGGUUCCCAAAGUGUUCGAGAUCAAUGGGGAGAUGCCAUGGGACAACAGCGGAGUGAACGAGAAAAUGCUAGGUCAGUCGUAAAAUCCGAUUUGUAGUUGGAAUUUCGAAAUUUUUAGGCAGGCCCGGAGAACUACUUCUCGCUCCGCUUGUUAGUGCGUUCUGUCUGGACGUCCGUAACACCGAAAACACGUUGGAGGGAAUGAACGAGAUUGCUGGAGUGGACCCGGCGAAGGGAGGACAGAUCUGCGGUCAUGUGUUCAAGAACGGAGAACUGACCUACACGUGCCUGGACUGUGCUACAGAUGGAACUUGUGUGAUGUGUCUCAAAUGCUUCGAAGUCUCCAUUCACAAAGGUCACAAGUAUCGGGUUAGAACAAUCUCCCUAAUUUCAAUUUUCUCAUUUGUCCAUUCAGAUGCACUCAUCCACAGGAUCCGGAUAUUGUGAUUGCGGUGAUAGAGAUGCUUGGAUGGAAGGAUAUGCGUGCGCAAAUCACGAGAAAAAAGACGAAGAGGAGAGUUCUUCGGUCUUGGCUCCGGAAUUGAAAAAACGCUGUGAGCAGUUGGUCGAGAUUGUUCUCCAAUUUGCUCUCUCCAUGAUUACGCACAAAGAGGACAUCACUCUGCCCUUGUUUCUCGAAAGUUUGAAGACCGAUGCUCAGAACGAACCACAACAGUAUCUGACUGUCUUGUACAACGACGAAACGCACACCUACGAAUCGGUUCUCUCAUUUUAAAUCGAACUAUAUUUAAUUCGAUAGUUUCAGGUUAUCAAAGUUCUGGAAUUGUACAUACAUUGCACGAAAGAUCAGGCAAUGCUCGUCGCGACAAUAGUUGAUCGGGAGGGUCGCAGUGCAGUGAAACUGGGCAAUAAGACCGAUUGUUCGAAGGCGAGAGAUGACGUUCAGAGAAAGACGUUGCGGGAUACGACGGCGAUCCGCAGAGCCACUUCGCAGCAUUCGCCACUUAGCGUCAAAGUCAUGGACACUGCUCUCUUCUCCCUUCAGAAUUUCGCCAUUUCGCUGCUGACGUGGCUCAACACUCAGAUGGAUGUCUUCCGUGAGUCCAAUAUUCUUGAAUUGUGCUGAAAAUGGAUCGGCAUAUGUUUCUAACUAGGGAAUGAUCAACAGGUAAGUUGGCCUUAUGGGCCGUGACUGACAUAGUUCGAUAGCUAAUACCAAGAGGAUCAAAUGUUCUGUUGAUGACCGUCAAGGGUUCAUGCCAAUUUUCAAAAAAUGCCUUGUACUCUUGACCGUCAAGGGUUCAUGCCAAUUUUUAAAAAUUGCCGCGUACCCGUGACCGUCAAGGGUUUAUGCCAAUUUUUAAAAAUUGCCGCGUACCCGUGACCGUCAAGGGUUGAUGCCAAUUUUCAAAAAAUGCCUUGUACCCGUGACCGUCAAGGGUUCAUGCCAAUUUUCAAAAAAUGCCUUGUACCGUUGACCGUCAAGGGUUCAUGCCAGUUUUCAAAAAAUGCCUUGUACCCUUGACCGUCAAGGGUUUAUGCCAAUUUUCAAAAAAUGUCUUGUACCCGUGACCGUCAAGGGGUCCAUGCCAAUUUUUAAAAAUUGCCGCGUACCCGUGACCGUCAAGGGGUCCAUGCCAAUUUUUAAAAAUUGCCGUGUACAAAUGUAGGGCCAAAAAGUGGAUUUUUCAUUGGCCUGUAGUUUUCAGAGGGGUUUUUUGUGCACGCUUUCCGUGACAUUUUCACGUGUGAAGUCACCUUCUCUCCAUUGCUUGUGAUUUCCUUCGACAUAAAAACCGGCCCUACAAUUGGCUUUUUUUGUGAAUGGCGGUUAAAAACAGAAGUAUUUUGCUUUCUUAAAACAUCAAUUCUGUUCACUUAAUAUGUUGCCUCUUUGGUGUCUGCGCCAUUUUCUCGAAAUCCAGGUGCCGGCAGCAAAAACUAUCAACAGAACAUUUGAUCCUCUUGGUAUUAGCUAUCGAACUAUGUCAGUCACGGCCCAUAAGGUCAACUUACCUGUUGAUCAUACCCUAGUAAGCAAAAGAAAAACCAUUCACCUGUUUUUUUUCAGCGCCACUCCGUGAAAUUGUGGGAGAAGCUCUAUUGGAUUCUAAAUUCGAGCUGAUGAAGGAUUACAACCCGCCAGUGAAAGAGAAAGUGAUAGAUGCCAGAGAAAUUAUGCGAGCGCUCGAUCCAGCUAUCAUUGAUGAAGGAGCACUUCUCGCUCAAGCAAUUGAACUGGUUCAACAGCAGCAAGAAGAAGAAGAGAUGCUUGAUGAGCUGCCUGAGGACGAAGACAUUGGGGAGAUUGAAGGUUUUGGAAGGUUUGGAGAUGUCGAUCCUAUGAUAAUCGUGGAAGAGCCGAUGGAAGUGGACGAAGAGGAAGAGAUUGUGACCGCCUUCGCGGAGCAAGAAGGACCUUCUCGCGAGCCGGACACUUUCACCAUCCUCGAGAAUGUUCUUCUGCAGGACACUCAGAUGUGGAAAGCCGGCAGGUGCAUUCUUCAUCAGCUGCUCAUGCGAACCGUCUUCAUGAUUUACGAUCAAAAAGUGCGAUUCGCGAAGACGUUCAUGCAACAUUACAAUGAGAUUUACGAGGAUUUCAUCAAAGACGAUCACGAGAUGGACGUCUCCGUCGUUGGAUUGUCGGUGCAGUUCAUGACUGUUCCCGGACUGGCUCGGCGGCUUGUGGCUGAAGAUGACGCCUUCAGCAUCAUUUCGAAAUCUAUUCGGAAGCAGACAGAGAAAUAUGUGAAACGUAAGUUGGAAGUUGUGAGAUACAGCUUGUGAGUUUAGGUUCGGGAUGUUUGAAAAACGCCAAAACAUUUUUCCGACCUGGCGGUCGGAUUGAAAUUUUCGAACCAGCGGCAACCAUAAGACCCCCCUGUGGAAAAGGCUAAAAAACUUGGCGCAACCUGACAACCUCUUACGGUCGCGGUAAAGUCGGAAAUGUCCAGAUUGCUGCCCCUUAAGGACAUUCCAGCAAUCUGUUCAUUAGUGGACUGUAGUGCAUGUAACAGGUAUCGUAGUGGGUUCAAAUGAAUGGAAACUGAUCGAAUCUGACCCAUAGAAGUAAUUCAGACAGUUAGAACAACUUGACUGCCAAAUUUUGUUACACCUAUGCUUGUAAGUAAACGAUUUCAGCGAACACAGACGAGAGAGUUGCGAGAUUCGACUUCACUGGUCGACCAUUUCCGAAUGAUUUGAGAAGAGCCCUUCAUAUUACGAGAGAUCUGGCAUACAUUCUGAAUGCGGUGCCUUCUGAGAGUGACUGGACACCCGAUCUGAUUGAAAACUUCACAAAAGGAUUUUCCGAGUUCCUGAUAUUCGUGCAACAUUUGCAAGGAAUGGAUGAAGUGAAGCGACAAGCAGUCGAGCAUCAAGUGUGGGAAUCAGAGUGGGAAACAGCGUUCAACAUUCUUCUGAGGAUGAAAGAUGCCAUUUCUCUCACGAUUACGUGGUCGGAAACAAAUGAAGAGGUCCACAACCGGCUUCUUUUGAUGUGCCUAGAACUUAUGAAUCGAAUGCCGCCCGUUUAUACGAAAGCAGAGAAUGACAACAGUUACCUGACGAUUCGCAUAAACGGAGAAGAGGCGACAAUAUCGCAUUUCGACGUGCUCAAAUCGUCCACUUCCAUCCAUCAACCGAUCGUUCGCAUUAUUGCCGGAUUGUUCGCUGCUCACAAACAUGCCGCAUUCGUGCUGACCAAUGAGCCAGGAACUGAGCUUCAAGAAAAGAUCAGGGCCAUUCUCCGAUCCAGCGACGACACGAAUCUGUACGAACUGAGUCUUCGGGUGCUUGUUCUUUGUGCCCAAUCGAAUGCCCAAUUAUGGAGAAGAAAUGGAUUCUCUCUCAUAAAUCAGAUUCACAACUACUUUUCUCCACUGUGCCGCAACGAAAUGUUCGAUCGGGACGUCCUCAUGAUGCAAGUUGGAGCCGCCAUCGUGCCGACUUCCAAAUUCCUCAUUCAUCUCAUUCAUCGUUUCCGUCUUGACAAAUGGGUGACCAGCGAAGUCGAGAUGCAAAAGACGAGCAACGCCCAGGGAAAACCCGAAUCGGAAGAUCUGAGCAAAACGCAGGUCACGAUAGCUGAAGAGUUUCUGCAGUGUCUCAUUCUGAUUCUGUGCGAAAGGUACACCCAUGGAGUCGGAAAAACGGAGCCGAUCGAUGGCAUGAAGAGAGAAGUCGUUCAUAUUCUGUGCACUGGAUCCCAAACUUUCAGUCACGUCAGUCGCUCCUUUUUUGAACUGCUGUCAACAGUUCUCUUUUGCAGAUUCAGCAGAAAAUGUCGAAUGACACCAACUCGAAACGGCUCUCGCUUCAUGACGCUGUCAAUCAAGUGGCCGACUUCAGAAAACCGCUCGCCACUUCGGCCGGACAGUUCCAUUGCAAAGAGUCAUGCCUUCCGUUCUAUUCACCAUUUUUCAUGCAUUUUUCGAAGAGUGAUCAGUCGGCAGCUGAACAGAAUCAAGCGAGAGUUCGAGCAAAAAUGGACAAGUAAGUGAACGGAUCUCAAUUUUGUAAUCAGUUUCUUUUUCAGAGCUGUUCGUGCUUGUGCUCCACAUCCGCUUCCAGAUUUCCUGCCGUUCUUCGAAAACGUGCCCUUGAUUCUAAAGUCCCCUGUACUCAUUCACUUCUUCCGAUUGGUCAUCGACAGGACUAACAGAAGAAGUCGUUAUUCGAGUGAUCGUCUGUUCCACAAGGCUCUUUACCUUAUUGGAAUCGCUCUUAAUGAAGAAGAGAAGAAUCCGUCGUUCGAAUUCACGAAGAAAGCCGAAGAGUCAUCCAGCCUCCUGGCUAUGCUGGAGGGACUUAUCGGAAAACAAGAAGCGUCCAUUUGCCCCGUUCUUCUCGAAGUCAUUGUCGACAAAUACAAAAAACUGAAAGAGAAGAGAGCCGGAACUGGGGAAGCGGCACCUGUCAAAGUGCAGAAGGUCGUGCAAUCUGCGGAAGAAAUGAAGGCAAGGAGAGCAGCAAAAGCAGCCGAAAUGAGACAGAAAGCGUUGGCGAAAAUGUCGAGUAUGCAGUCAAAGUUUAUGAAAAAAAUUGAAGACGAAGAAAAGAAAGAGGAUGUGCCAAGUGGAGCGCAAACGGAAAAGGAGAGCGUCGCGGGCGAUGCUUCUUUCGAUAGCAAGGAUUACUUCGAUGAGGACAUUGUGAAACAGGUCGGACAUGACUUCCCCGUCUGCAUCGGAGCCAACAAAUGGAAGACGGAGAUUAUGAAGGCGAGAAGAUUGACGUGCAUUCUGUGCCAGGAAGACGAAAUCAUUGCUCCACAUCAGGGAAAACCCAUGGUCUGUGCUGCGUUCAUUCAACAGUGAGUUCGGUUUCGUGAACGGCUUCUACUCGUAUUCCCUCUUCAGAUCGCAACUGUUCACUCACAAGAACAAGAACGGGGAGCUGAUGACGGCGACGAGUGGAACCAUCUCAACACGUGAUUUGCUCACGGCUCCAGCCACUUUGCAAUACGGAGUGGACGUUUCGACGUGCUCGCACAGCAUGCACUACGAGUGCUACAAAAGGUAGGUAACCGUUCCCGCACCGUUUGCCGUUUCUAGAUACGAGGUUGCACUCUUCUCGCGUGUCUCCUUAGUUUCGUCCUCACCUUCUAACUCUCCUCUUUUCCAUAGUCUCUCGGAAUCCAAUCGAACCCGUGAUAGUUUGAGAGCCCGCCAAGUCGGCCAACAUUCUCACAAAAUGGUGGACGCGGAAAGCGGCGAAUAUCAAUGUCCGCUGUGCAAACGACUUUCGAACGCGGCGAUUCCAGUGCUUCCAGCCUAUCAAUUGACAUCCAUGAAUGGGUAAGAUCUCUGGAUAAAGCUGUUGGUAACGUCUUUUAUGCAGAUUUUCGACUGUUUCUGGAGCUGCAAAAGAAAACUUUGAAGACUGGGUUUCCCGAAUAAAGAGAAGCCUGGACAUGCCGGUCAGUGCCGAUUCCGUUCGAAAGAAGGGUCACAGCAGAAAGCGGUCGCAUUCGGAGAGAUCUCUGCUUGAUCUUGAAAAGCAAUCGCAGUCAAAAGAACCCGAAUCUGCGAACACUGCAGCUGGCGUCCUUUCGUUCGUUGCUCACAGUGACGUCGCUAGCACGAAUCAACUGCCGUCGGAAGCGAGCGCGGAGUCGCAGCUAUUGGAGAACGUAUCGCCAUCUGACGAUGACGCCGACUUCUACAACGAGUUGGCGGCCAUGUUUGUGGACCAUGAAGUGAAUCCGGCAGCCUCUCCGACUGCGACUCCGGAAACGACGCCGGUCAGCGGUUCGACUCCUCGCAGCAACGAAUCUCCGCCAAGUGAGACGGGAAGGAAACCGUUGAGCACUCAAAUCCAGCACGCUCUCUACACGCUCAUUCGUCCGUUCCCUGCCCUCAUCAAUUCGAAUCGCAUCUGCUCUUCCGCUUUGGACGGAUUUGAGGACCCGAUAAAAGACUUGGGGAAGAAUAUGAUAAAAGUGAAGGUAGUAAAGUUAGGCCUCAUGGUCUCUGGUUAAUUUUUGCUCAUUUAUAGUACCGCCGACGUGGAAAUGAGACGAAGACAAAAUUCAUAGAGAAACAUCUCAAAGGGUACGUCAUCUCGACUGUGACGUGGCAGAGCACUGCCCACGUGGCCAGAGCCAUUUCUUCGUACCUCCACUAUGAUAAGAAGCCGUUGUUUGGAGCCCUCAACACGCGUCAAAGAGACUGUCUGUCCGCAAUGACUCGUCUCUGUGCCUCCCUCUCCCACAACAUGCAGUUCUUGCUGCACGCCGUUUCCGACAUGCUCCGUGUGCUUCUUUGCGAACCACCGAAGGCUAAGCUCGCGCAGACCCCUGGAUCUCCGUUGCUCGGAAGUAGCUCAACCCCGAGCUCUUCCACGACAACUCCAACAGUCACAUCCACUGGCACGAAUUUCGCCUUUUUGGUACAGUUGUUCAAUCCAGCUGGUCCCAGAAAGAAUGUAAAUCUGAACAUUCUGCAAGUGGAUAUUUUGAGUUUGGCGGUACGAUUCUCAAUUUGAAGCAAUAACGAAGGAACCCCUUCUUUUAGGUUUCUCUGAUGAUGACAAUCGGAUGGACAUGGAAUAACGGCAUUCAGUCGAUGAGCUCGACGAACCAUCAGAAGUCUCGCAUGCUCACUCCGGAUGGAUCCGUCGAUGAGGCGUACGUUCUGCGUCUCUCACUGCUCGCCCACUAUUUCCAAGUUAGUUUGAGAAUUGAAUGCAAUCAAACCAUCUAUCAUUUAUAGAUUAUUGCCACUCACGAUGAAACUGACGGAGAUGAUAAAAAUAUGGAAAACGAAGAAGAGUCGAAAAUGGAUGUUGACCCGUCCACUGCGCAGAUCAUCUUGAAACUCUUCUCGCUUUGCCGUCCAGAUGAGCCUCCACCGAAACAAAUCGACGUUCUUCACAAGAAAAUGGAAGAAGGGGCCAUGUCGCUGAUACGUCCGAUUGCUCUUCUAUACCACUUCCUCACUCUUGUUGAUCCUCCAGAGGCACUGAAGGAUCCGUCGAUAAAAAGUUCAGAAGCGUUAUUCCGUUAUGUCGGACUUCCUCCGAAAAUGGAAGAGUUGAUCGGUGGUCCUCUGGUUGAAAAUCUCUUCAUAAUGUGGUCCUCAUCCAUUCCGAAAGACGGCUUCCUUCGACGCGAUCUCGUUGUUCAACCGGUCCGGCCGAAUCUCCUCGUCGAGUUGCCGGAGAAGUACAGUCAUCUGAUAAACCAAGUUGCGACGUUCAAGUGUCCUUCGAUCCCAAUUGAGGAGUCCACUUCGAACGUGCCCACUUUGUGCCUCGUGUGCGGAAUUAUCCUCUGCUCUCAAGCGUAUUGCUGCCAAAAGAUUGUAAGUUUCCAUCCUUCUCACUGCAAUUUCGUUCAUUUUCUUAAGAUCAACAAACAGCCACACGGAGCCUGUCGCUAUCAUAUGUCUCAAUGUUCCGGGUCAGUCGGAAUGUUCCUACGGUGAGUCAAAAUGAAUAAACUAUUAGAAAACGAAAUCUGCUGAUAUUUCAGAGUGCGCGACUGCACUCUAGUUCUGAUGACAACUCGGAAACGAGGAUGCUUCCGUCCAGCGCCGUACGUCGACGAGUUCGGAGAGGUUGAUCAAGGAUUCCGACGUGGAAAUCCACUUCAUUUGAACAAUGAACUCUAUCAGAAACUGAAAACGCUGUGGCUUCAACAGGGAAUCACUGAAGAGGUACGGUGACUACUUCAGUUAGUUCUCCGCAUUAUCAAUGUCUUUCAGGUUGUCAAUUACAAUGAAAUCGACUACCGUAAUGUGCAGUACGACUGGGCGCAUUUCUAA